UACAUUUCAGAAAGAAUCAUUGCCAGCUAUAGAACAAUUUGCUAAUUUAAUAAUCACCUCAAGCAUCACGCCACUUUCUCUUUCCAAAGACGUCACAUGACUCUUCGUAUCUCUGAUAUUGCAAUUGGUCGAUGACUCUUUAAGCUCGUUGCUACAGUCACAUACCUUCUACUGAAUUUUGUAUCCUGAUCGUGAAUGUCAGAUUUGAAUUCGGAUAUCUGCACAAAUACUGCGAUACAGUGGGCACUUCUUAAUACGUAUCCAAGACAUUACUGUCUUUCAUUAUGGCAAGAGUGGAAAUCAAGCCAGGCUCGCCUGUCGAGGUAAAGCUAAUAAAGAAUGAAGAUUCUGGAGAUGAACCUCUGCAACUGGAUUUACCGGAUGUCGCAGAAGAUGGUAUUUUCGAUGACGUAGAUGUCGAAGACGAAGAGUCUGAAUAUGUGGAUGGAAAUUUUGAAGGUUUGGUUUUCAUUAAUGGUAUUGAACACUUUGUUUGUCCAGGGUUUAAGAUCCGACAACUUCCUGCACCAAUGAUCGUUAAGAGGCCUUUAAGAAUGCUCUAUAAUACUAUCGUCAAGGGGAAUCUAGUAUUAGAUCCAAACUAUCAGAGAGCUAGUGUAUGGGACGAAGGGCGGGCUUCUACUCUUAUUACUUCAGUGUUGAUGGGAUAUUUCAUUCCCCCAAUCGUUCUUAAUGUCCAAACAGUAAUCAACAAAUUAAAGGACGGCCGGAAAGAGGUGAAGCAUAUGCGCAUCUGUGUUGAUGGAAAGCAACGCUUGACCUCGCUUUUUAAGUUCAUGAGCGGAGAGAUCGGCUUCCUCGACAAUUCACACCCGCCGAAAAAAUGGUACUAUUGUCAUCCGACUAUCAACGGUGUAUUGACACCGACUAGCAACAGAAAUAUUUGUCCAGGCGGAUUGAAGAAGUUUUUCGACGACAAGGUCUUCUGUUGCUAUGAGUACGACCAUCUGACACAAGAGACUGAAGAAACCAUGUUCCAGCUUGUCCAACGGGGAAUUGCUUUAUCGCCAGCCGAGAAAAUGAGAGCAAUGUCCACUGAAUGGGCUAGAUUCACCCGCAUAUAUGAGGAUGAUUAUGCUAUGGUGAUCAAUUUAUCGAAGCAAAGUCGUGCAUCAGGCUUUCGCCUUAUUCUCACUAUCUUUACUAUGAUUCAAGAAGUUCUUUCUGGAUCAACCAAUGGUCGGAGGAGGAAAACUGUGCCCUCACUCCAGGCCAGUCCCCAAGCACUUAUGCGGGUCCUAGAAGAUCCAGAACCAAUAUCUAUGGGUCUUAAACUCGCUUUCAAGGACGUGUUCGACAGGUUUGAAUCGCUGAUCAAGUUAUCUUCUACGAAGUUACCAGACGGCCAAUACGAAGUUCAAAAAAAUUCAGUAUUCGAUCCUGCUCCUGAAUUUCUAAAGGAGGCGGAUGUAAACCACGUCCGCACAUUUUCGCCACUGGAAUUAGUAGCCACAGGUAUUCUCAUAUCAUACCAUAAAGACAGGCGAUCAGACGACGUUCUUCUUUCAGACAUCAAAUCCCUCCGUCGCUUUCUACGAUUAAAACACAAAGAUCUACGAGUCAACGCUCAAUGCUGGGCUACGGCAUGGGAAUUCAUUUCUGAGCAUGUUCAUCGAAAUCCCAAUCCCCUGAAUAACUUCGCACUUCGGUUGCAAUCGCAUCGGGAAAAGAAUGGAACGGGUAUCCCUGCAGAGAGGGGCAUAAGGAGGGCAAGAUCGAAUUCAGAUUCCAGUACCUUGUCGAGCUUAGAUUCGUUGUUUGAAGCUGAGGUUGGAGGGGACCGAGAUGAUUCGAGUGAGGGCCCGGCGAGUAAUUCUUCCGUGGCUAGUUCGAAUAAGAGGGUUUUGGUUGAUUCGGACAGCAAUGGAUCUUCCAAGAGAGUGAAGAGGUAAUCUUGCAUCGUCGGCGUAAAGUUUCACGCUGGUUGUUAUCAUGGUGAUCGGCUGAAGGAAAUUCUGGUUGUUGCAUUUUUGGAGUCCCUUUUGCUGCAUUUCCUCACUGGUAAAGAGCUUUUUGAUAAACCUUUGGCACGAUGGGCAGAGUAGAGGUAUUUAAGUCGGCGCUAGGCUUCGUGUUUGGGAACUUUGUUUGUGGGGGGUUUACAGCAUUGCAUCAGGAAGGGUGUACGUGGUAGAAGUUCGGUUUGAUUAUUGUAGGAUAGAGUUAGAGAGCUUGGGUUAAUAAGGAUAAUACGUAAAAAUUCU